UUGCGCUCUGGCAUUGGUGGAGAUGCGAGGGAGCCAUCGGUGUCCAUAAAGGAGCCCGGGUUCUGUGGGGCCAGGCUGGGCGGAUGGCAACUAUCAAAAGGAAGUAGGAUCAUGGCAGCAGAUGAUGACAAUGGUGAUGGAACAAAUUUAUUUGAUGUCUUUUCCGCUUCUCCUCUUAAAAGUAAUGAUGAAGGUUCAUUGGACAUAUAUGCUGGGUUGGACAAUGUUGUUUCUGACAGUGCUUCCAAAUCCUGUGUCCCAUUUAGAAAUUGUUUGGAUUUAUAUGAAGAAAUCCUGACUGAAGAAGGAACUGCAAAAGAGGCAACAUAUAAUGAUUUACAGGUAGAAUAUGGAAAAUGUCAGCUGCAAAUGAAAGAGUUGAUGAAAAAGUUUAAGGAAAUACAGACACAGAAUUUCAGCUUAAAAAAUGAAAACCAGUCUCUUAAGAAGAAUAUUUCAGCACUUAUCAAAACUGCCAGAGUGGAAAUAAACCGCAAGGAUGAAGAAAUAAAUAAUCUUCACCAAAGAUUGUCGGAGUUUCCACAUUUUCGAAAUAAUCAUAAGAUUGCGAGGACAUCAGACAUAGUUAAAACAAAAGAUUUUAAAUCCAGAUCUUCUCCCCAUUUGGAUGAUUGUUCAAAGACUGAUCACAGAGUGAAAAGUGAUGUUUCUAAAGAUGUACAUCAUAGCACUUCACCGCCAAAACUCGAAAAGGAAGGAAAAUCACAUUCUGAAAAAAAGAGCACUUCCCAUUUGCCUACAUCUAGUGAAAAACACUGUGCCAAUGGCAUUUGGUCACGUUCCCAUUAUCAGAUUGGUGAAGGUAGUUCAAAUGAGGAUAAUAGAAGAGGGAGAAUAGAUAUUAGACAUAGCCAGUGUAGUAGAGGAACUGAUAGACUACGAAAAGAGUUCAAUACUGCUUGUGAUGGUGAACCAAGGAACACAGAGGCUAGUCAGAGGCUACAAGGACGUCCUGAGAAAUAUGGUAAAGGUGAACCAAAGACUGAAAAAAAUUCGAAGUUUAAAAGUAACUCAGAUUUGGAUUAUAAAAAUGAACACAUGAACACUUCUUGGGAAAAAGAGGCCUCUAGAGAAAGGUCAUAUGCUCGAGUAGACUCUCAAAAUGACAAAAAACUGGAAAGACAAAGUGAAAGAUCACAAAGUACAAAUAGAAAAGAACUAAAAUCACAAGACAGAGAAGAAAGAAAAGCUGAUCAAAAACCUAAAUCAGUAGUAAAAGAUCAGGAUCAUUGGAGAAGAUCUGAGCGAGCAUUGUUUCCUCAUUCCAAGAAUGAAAUAAAAUCUCAGAAUUCCAAUAAAUACCAUUUAGAAGAGAGAAGAGGAAGAGAAGAUUGCAAAAGAGACAGGGGUGUGAGUAGUCAUAGUUUUUCAGAAGGAAGAUAUCCUUCUUGUCUUUCAACCAGUAGAACUCACAAACACAUUGACUCUAAGGAAAUAGAGGGGAAAAGGGAAAAUGUAACUUUAAAAGCAGAAAGACAUAGAACUGAAGAUAAGAGGAAAAGAGAACGAGAAAGCAAAGAAGAAAAUAGACAUAUGAGAUACGAAAAAAAAACACCUGCGGAACAUUUGCAGAAGACUAACAAAGAAGUUAAGAAAACAACUACUGAUUUAAAGAGACAGAAUGGGCCAAAAGAUGAUAAAAGUGAAAUUUCUAAUAAUAUUGCUUCUGAAGGGACAGCUAAUAAAGAGCUUGCAAAUAAAGGUGAGAGUGGUCCAAAUGAAACAAAAAACAAAGAUUUAAAAUUGAGUUUUAUGGAGAAACUGAACUUAACUCUUUCUCCUGCUAAAAAGCAACCUGUUUCUCAGGAUAAUCAGCAUAAAGUAACCAAUACUCCCAAAUCCAAUGACAUAUGUGAUUUGGACUCAGUGCAAACUAAAACAGUGACAUGUGUUCCCUCUGUCAAUGAACAUAUCACAGAGGAGACCAAGCCAAAGUUACUGGAACCAGAGGCUCUUGCAGCAAUAUCUGAACCCAGGACUUGUAUUCCAGAAAGGAAAACAGAAGAACAUGGUUUGAUAAUUAAAUCUGCUGAUAAUGCUAUAAAUUGUGAUAUGCCUAUUUGUGGUACAGAAACUUCUUUCUCAGCACCUGUGGAAGUGGAACAAAACAAGUCUUUGUUUCCAUCAAUAGAAAUGGAACAAACUAUUAAUGGUGCAAGCACAACAAUUCCCAUGGUAAUGGACAUAUUACAAACAAAUCUUUCUCAAAAUUUUGGGUUGGAAUUGGAUACCAAAAGAACUGAUGGUUUAAAUUCUUGUAGUAUUUCUGAAGAUAUAGAAAUGAAGGAAACUCUUUCUACAGAAGUGGCCAAAUCCAAUGAAAGCAUUUUGCAGCCUUCCAUUGAAGAAGCUGGCAUUUUGCCAGUAGUUCCUUCAGAAGAUGGUAACCCCAAAUUUGAGCCUGCUCUUGUAGAUACACAACUGGUUGAGAGUAAAUCUUGUCAUUUGGAGCCUUGUUUACCUAAAGAGACUCUAGAAUCAAUUCAGCAGACUGUGUUAAUGGACCAUAGAAUGGAAAUUGGUGAAACAAACUCAGUGUAUCAUGAUGAUGAGAACUCAGUACUGAGCAUUGACUUUAAUCACUUGAGACCUAUCCCAGAAGCCAUUAGUCCUCUGAAUAGUCCGGUGAGACCAGCAGCAAAACUUCCUAGGUUGGAAAGCCCCUCUCGAGUUCCAUUAUUUAACAGUCAUAAAGAUGUAUUUCCACAAAAUUCAACUCAGUCUACCUCUAAGAGCCAGUCUGAUCUCAAUAAAGAAAAUCAAAAGCCAACCCAAAAACCUGACAAAUGUAUAGAAGCAGAUUCCUGUAAGAAUCCAUCAUUAGAUGAAUUGGAAGAAGGGGAAAUACUAAGUGAUAGUGAAAAUUCUAAACCACAGAAACAUUUUGGAAAAAGUGCCAAACCGAGAGUAUCUACUAAAAUUCAGAGCACAAAAACUAGCCCAGGAAGUAGGAAAAGUACUGUGUAUUUGGAGAAAGACAAUAGGAAAACAUCUACAAAAAUCCAUCAGACCAAAAGCAAGUGGAAUAAAAGACGAAGUGGCUCAAGUAGAUCUUCAAACACAGAGAAGAAAGAGAAGAUAAUGAGUACUUCUAGCCUUGAAAAAAUAGUUCCAAUUAUUGCUGUACCCGCUUCUGUACCAGAAGUUCUGCACAUGCUACGAGUGAUAAGAAAACAUGUAAGGAAAAAUUAUAUGAAAUUCAAGGUAAAAUUUUCAUUGAUACAAUUUCAUAGAAUUAUUGAGUCAGCAAUUUUGAAUUUUACAUCACUAAUUAAACACCUUGAUUUAUCCAAAAUAUCUAAGUCAGCAGCAGCUUUACAGAAGAAUCUCUGUGAUGUUAUAGAAUCCAAGCUUAAGCAAGUUAAAAAGAAUGGCAUAGUGGAUCGUCUAUUUGAACAGCAACUACCAGAUAUGAAAAAGAAGUUGUGGAAAUUUGUAGAUGAACAACUUGAUUACUUGUUUGCAAAGCUUAAGAAAAUCUUACUAAAGUUUUGUGAGUCCGUGAACUUUGUCAGUGACAGUGAUGAAGGAAAAGUUGAAAAGAUAAAUAAAGAGAAAGCACCACAUUCCAAAUAUCAGAAGGGGAAUGUGAACAACUCCAAAAAAGAAAUGCUGAAAGAGAAAUCCCCAAAAUUAGAAGAUUCUGCUUAUUCUAAGUCUUUAUUGGGAAGUAAAAAAUCUGAAGAAAAACAUCAAGACCAAAGUAACUCUGGUAUUAACACAGUAAAGCAUGACACUAAAAAAUGUUUGUUAUUGGGAAGUAAAAAAUCUGAAGAAAAACAUCAAGACCAAAGUAACUCCGGUAUUCACACAAUAAAGCAUGACACUAAAAAAAAUUUUAACACUUGCUUUGAUAAUAUUAAGAACUCUCAUUCUAAUGGGCACUCCUUAGAACUGAACUGUUCAAGCAUGCCAAAGCCAGAAAAAAAUGAAGGCAACACCAUAGAGGAUGCACAGACUUCCCAGCAUGUAGCUCUGAAGCCAGAACGCAGUUUUGAGAUUCUUACUGAACAACAAGCAUCUAGCCUUACUUUUAAUUUAGUGAGUGAUGCACAAAUGGGUGAAAUAUUUAAAAGUUUGUUGCAAGGUUCUGAUCUUUUGGACAACAGUGUUAACUGUAAUGAAAAAAAUGAGUGGGAAUUAAAGACUCCGGAAAAACAGCUGCUGGAGACCCUGAAGUGUGAAUCUUUGCCGACUUGUACAACAGAAGAGCUAGUUUCGGGGGUAGUUUCUCCAUGUCCUAAAAUGAUUAGUGAUGAUAAUUGGUCACUAUUAUCAUCUGAGAAAGGUCCGUCUCUGUCUUCAGGACUUUCUUUGCCUGUUCAUCCUGAUGUGUUGGAUGAGAGCUGUAUGUUUGAAGUGGCCUCUAACAUAGCUUUAAGUAAAGAUAAUGUAUGUAGCUCAGAAAAGAGCAAGCCCUGUAUUUCUUCCAUACUUCUUGAAGAUCUAGCAGUCUCUUUAACAGUACCAUCACCUCUGAAGUCAGAUGGUCAUCUCAGUUUCUUAAAGCCUGAAGUUUUGUCCAGUUCAACUCCUGAAGAAGUUAUUAGUGCUCAUUUUAGUGAAGAUGCCUUACUGGAAGAAGAGGAUGCAUCUGAGCAAGAUAUUCAUUUAGCUUUGGAGUCUGAUAAUUCAAGUAGUAAAUCAAGUUGCUCUUCAUCAUGGACAAGCCGGUCUGUUAUUACUCCAGGUUUUCAGUACCACCCUAAUCUACCUAUGCAUGCUGUCAUAAUGGAAAAGUCCAAUGAUCAUUUCAUUGUGAAAAUACGGCGUGCACCACCAUCUACCUCCCCCACUCUUAAACAGAAUAUGGUGACUGAUGAGUCAUUGGCAUCUUUGCCCGGAGUGGGAAAGGAAGCUGAUGAAGCAGCAGAGAAAGAAUACAUUUCAUGUCAGACCAGAGUUUGUAAAUCUAUGGAGGAACUGAAAAAUAGCAACAAUAAUGUUGAUAGUAAGUCUGCUCAUGGAGAACAGGACUGUAUGAUAUCAACACAGGUUCCUGAUAUAUAUGAAUUUCUUAAAGAUGCUUCAGGUAAAGCAGAUCAUAGUAAUGAAGUGACUGAUGAGUGUUUCAAGUUGCAUCAAGUAUGGGAAACAAAAGUACCUGGAAACAUUGAAGAAGUACCUUCAAUGGAAGAAAUUCCAAAUUCUGUUGAGGAUCAUCUUCCAAACACAUACAUAGACCUCACUAAAGAUACAGUCACUGAGACCAAAAACAUAGGGGACUUCAUAGAAGUAACAGUUUUAAGUAUUGAUCAAUUGGGAUGUUCUGGAGACAAUUUGAAUCAAAAUGCUCAAAUACUAGAUAGUAUGCAAUCUGAUGCUGUAGAUGCCUUUAUUGAUUUGACACAAGAUGUUUCAAGUGAGAGUAAAAAUGAAGGCAACUGUCCUCUAGCUAUUGAAGGAUUGGGGUGUCAGGUGAUAUGUGUAGAUGAAGAUAACUGUAAGGAAGAAAAGAUGAAAGUGACAAAUAAGACUUUGGAAUGCAUUGUUAGGGAAUCCUAUAUUGAUUUAACCUCAGAAUCUCCCAGUUCUUGUGAAAUUAAAAAGAGUGAUUUAAAAUCAGAGCCAGCAUCACAUUCUGAUAGCACAGAGUUGCCUGGAGUUUUGGAUAAUCCUCACAAAAAGAGAAAAAACCUUUCUGAUAUAAAUCAUUCUCAGAAAAAACAAAGAAAGGAAACAAACUUAACCACUAAGGAAAAGACCAAGAAAAUCACCCAUGUUUCUGGUGAGAAUGGUGAAGUUCACCGAAGGAAAACAAGUAAGAAAAAAGCCUAUACAGUGACUAAAGAUCCCUCCUCAUCAAAGGCAAGCUCAGUCGCUAAGGAUCCAUCAGCAACACCUGCCACUUCUACAAGCCUGUCUGCAAAGAAUGUUGUUAAAAAGAAAGGAGAAAUUGUAGUUUCAUGGACAAGAAAUGAUGACCGGGAAAUUCUAUUGGAGUGUCAGAAAAGAGCACCAUCAUCGAAAACAUUUUCUUAUUUAGCUGCCAAGUUGAAUAAAAAGCCGUAUCAGGUCUCAGAAAGAUUCCAGCAACUAAAGGAGCUCUUUGAAAAGUCAAAAUGCAGGUAGUUAAUGGUUAUACUACAGGAGAUGAGUAAAGACUGUUAAAUGUGUGACACUGUAACUGCAGUUAAUAAUCAGGUAGCCACUGAAGAUGUAAGUAACGGGUGAGACAUCCAGUUGAGUUCCUGCUUCAGUCACAGAUUGGAGCACUGUGGCUUGUUCAGCCUGCUAAGUUCACCUCGUCCACAGGGAUAUGCUCAGAGUGAAGCCUACUACAGUUCGGAUCAGCUUGGAUCUCUCCUUAGCCUUCUGAUUACUGAUGAGUCUAGGGUGGAGGGGAAUCCAUUUGAUGAUUAACAAUAAGUUUUUCAUAGGUGAAGAAAAAGAUUCUUGAAUAGUGUAUUUCAUAGCAAAUGAAGUCUAUGCAGUCAUUGUAAUUUAGUAUUCACAUUUUUAAUUAGGAGUGCUGAAAUACUUGAAAAUACAAAACAUACAUUCAUAAACCUGAAAUCCAUUGUCAUCUGAAUAGAUGACAUGAUUUACCGUAUUAAAUUUUUGAUAACGUUCAUUAGACUUGUUUCCUUAGCCUCUUUAGGCCACAUUUGCACAGGUUUGUUAAGACAACAAUUAAGGCAGUAAUACUUAUCAAUAGGUUUUUUUGUUUUGUUUUGUUUUGUUUUGUUUUUUUCUGUAAGACUGAAUUUAAAUAUUUGGGAUUUUUGUGUAAGGAAAAUGAUAAAGAUGUUUAACCUAUCACCAUUUUUCAAUUGAUUAGUCAUUAUUUUCAGAACAUUUUUAAUGAAAUUAGUAUUAAAUCUGAAUAGAAAUCAGAUUUGGACAUAGAUAUCAUUGAGAAAAGGUUCUAAAUGUUUUUGAGUUAUAAAUUUGUUUCUAGACCCAUUGAAAAAUUCUCUUUAGAUAAUCUAUUGACUUCAGUAUACUUUUAAAGAAUUGGUUUGCUAAUGGGAUCUUCAAAAGAUAAUUGGUAGUUUACUGUGAAGUUAAAAAUUUUAUAUAAUUCAAAAUGUAACUUGAAUAAUGGAGAAUUUGAAGAAAAAGCUUAUUCUAAAGAAUCUCUAAAAAAAAACUUCAAGCAAAAUGACCUGGUUAUAUAAAUUUCAUUCUCUUAUGAAGAUAAUAUGUAGUCACAAAAGAAUCAAAAUUGGAUCUGUAGAUGAUGCUGAUUAGUUUAAUAGUUCUAAAUUCCAUUACAAAUUAAUUUUUUUCAUUUUUUCCUAAAUUUUUUUAAUGGUUCUGAUAUUUGAGAUUUUAUUUGCUUGCAUGACAGCAUAAAUAAUGGGUAUUUCAUUCCUGGCUUGUCUCUUAACUGGUAUUUUCCCCUCCAAGUACUAUAGUCUGAUGAAAUUAUCAGGGUAUAAUGAUAAAGUUGCCAAACUGAUUCUGUAUAAAGUUAAUCCUUUAAUAUCAAUUUUAUCAAAGUAGAACUCAUUUUAAAGAAUAGUUUAUGAACAUAAAAUGGGAUCAUAACUUUAGCAUUUUCUUACAUUACAGAUGAGUUGCUGAAUUACUUGAAGUCUUAAUUGAUAUCGUAUAUGACACAGAAGCUUGGACUUCCUCAUGUUUUAAAUGGGGAAGUAGAGGGCAGCUUUAUGACAUAUUUGAUUACCAAAUAAUAACCUACAAUUGUUACUAUUUGCUGACUCUUUAAUCUCAAGUCAGCAUGUUCAGCAUAUCAAUCUGAUCAAUAUAUUUAUUUUUAAACAGGUUAGAAUUUGUUAGAUAAAAACAACAAUAUAGUACCGAACCCUUAGUUUUGUAUUUCAAAGAAAUUACUUUCUUUUCUACAUUUUUAAAAACAGUUUUGUAACAUUAAACUUAACAAAUACUUGGUUUCACCCAUUUUUAUUUGUUUUUCUA